UGCCCAGCGCUGUGACACCAGACCUGAAAUCACCCUCGACUGGUCAGGACCUAUUUUAUGCGCUUUUUAUGAACUUCUUGCACACGGAUUUGGACCAAGUUUCUAAUUGCCUCAUCAACGUUAUUGAUCCAUUGAUCAACAUUAUUUUACCUGAUAAAAUAAUAUACAUUUUUAAAGAAGAAAAGGAUACUCUAAGAAGAAUGGAGAAGUGGACAACCCCUGAAUACUAUGACUAUGAUUAUGAAGAGCAGGAGAACAGCACCAUGUGUGACUACUCUGAGUGGAAGCCUUCCUACUCAGUCAUCCCAGUCCUCUACAUGCUCAUCUUCAUCCUGGGUCUCUCUGGCAACGGUGUGGUCAUCUUCACUGUGUGGAGGGCUCAGGCCAAGCGCCGGUCAGCAGACAUCUACAUAGGCAACCUGGCCAUGGCUGACCUGACCUUCGUGCUGACUCUGCCACUGUGGGCAGUGUACACUGCAUUGGGCUACCACUGGCCCUUCGGUGUGGCCCUCUGCAAGAUCAGCAGCUACGUGGUGCUGCUCAACAUGUACGCCAGCGUCUUCUGCCUCACCGCCAUGAGCUUUGACCGCUACCUGGCCAUCGUGCACUCUCUGUCCAGCACCCAGCUGCGUACCCGUGGCCACAUGCAGGCCUCCCUGACAGCCAUCUGGCUCCUCUCCGGCCUACUGGCUGCCCCCACACUCAUCUUCCGCACCACCAAGGAUGACGAGAGCAGCGACCUCAUCUCCUGUGGCAUGGACUUCAGCCUGGUGUUGGGUGGGGGUAAUCAAACAAUCAGUCAAUCAAAUGAAUUGAAGCAGAAGGAGUCCAUGUGGAUCGCAGGGCUCAGCAUCUCCUCCUCUGCCCUGGGCUUCCUCCUACCCUUCCUGGCCAUGAUGGUGUGCUACUGCUUCAUCGGCUGCACCGUGACACGCCACUUCAACAGCCUGCGUAAGGAGGACCAGAGGAAGAGGCGUCUGCUGAAGAUCAUCACCACCCUGGUGGUUGUGUUUGCUGCCUGCUGGAUGCCCUUCCACGUACUGAAGAGCGCUGAUGCCCUCUCCUACCUGAACCUGGCUCCAAACACCUGCGCCUUCCUCCGCUUCCUCCUGCUGGCCCACCCUUAUGCUACCUGCCUGGCCUACGUCAACAGCUGCCUCAAUCCCUUCCUGUAUGCCUUCUUCGACCUGCGCUUCCGUUCCCAGUGCCUCUGUCUGCUCAACCUGAAGAAGGCCAUGCACACCAGCCCCGGCAGCUCCAUGUCCUCCCAGAAGACAGAGGCCCAGUCGCUGGCCACUAAGGUGUGACGUUUAUGCUGGGGUCAGGGCAUGGAAGAGGGAUGCCAGCCAGAGGGAAUAGGUCUCUAGCUGCCUUUUCCUGUCCUGCCUCCAUCGUCACCUGAACACUACAGGUAAAUGUAAGAUUUCAGAGGUGCAUGAUAUCAUUACCUAUCCAGCAAAAUGAUAUCAUUACCUAUUCAGCCACAUGCAUGUGGACUGCAGACUGAGUGCAAAUGUACGUGUCCUCCAGACUGUGUGACUGAGGAAACUGAUAGUCAGUCUUCUGGCUGUAAUCAUGACCACUGACAUCCUCCAAGCUCACUCUCAGUGAUUAGGAAGUUUGUACAAACCCCUUGAACUGCUUGAUACAGGGGGCCAAGCUCCAUGCCAGGGUGAUGCAAACCAGAACCCAGACAUUUUGGACAGAGUUGAAUGUAUUUCAAAGGGACAAAGCAGCUCAUAUUGUUCUCCUGGUGUUCCGUGUUGACUUAAGACAAGUUCUUAGGUGGGUUGUCCCAUGGCUCUGGCUUUUAACACUGGAGGAGUGUAUUAUACAUGCAUUUGUACCAUGCUGUUCUUGUUUUUUUUAAGCACUUGCUCAUUGGAAGGAGGUGAGACCUCUUCCUCUGCCCCAGUCAUGACGUACGUGUGUGUGUGUGUAGGUCCAGGAAAGGUGUUGCAGCUUGAUUAAAAAAGUUGUAAAGGGAGAUAAGGGCACGGAGGGAGGGGGGUGGUCCCAGACGGACAGAUGGCAGCUGACAAAUGUUGUCGAGUGAGGAGAGCCAACUUAUAGGUGGCUGCUCUGACAGAUUAAACUCUUUGUGUGUGUGUGUGUGUGUGUGUGUGUGUGUGUGUGUGUGUGUGUGUGUGUGUGUGUGUGUGUGUGUGUGUGUGUGUGUGUGUGUGUGUGUGUGUGUGUGUGUGUGUGUGUGUGUGUAUUGAAUCAGGAUUGGGGAAGGCAUGAAUUAACUUGUUUUUAUUUGACAAAGAUGUGAAUACAUGCUGUACAAUGCUUUCAUGUGAUGAUUUGAAAUAAAAAAGUUUUCUGAUGAACUAAAA